CACCAUCUCUUCUAGUCUCAAGUUUCGAGUGCAAUCAUCCCAACAAAAUUCUUCGUCAUACAUCUUCAAGCGACAGACAAUAAUAUCUCUGCCAGCACCGUGCAACUAUAGCUCACCCUUCAAGGACAACAGCUAACUCUAAUGGGUCGCCCUCCUUCCUCUACUGGAGACGUUCUUCUCUAUUUCUUGGCUUUGUUCAUUCCGCCUAUACCCGUCUUUAUGAAGAGGGGAUGCGCUGCGGAUGUUUGGAUCAAUAUCCUUCUUUGGAUCCUUGGAUGGAUUCCUGGGGUUCUGCAUGCUUGGUGGAUCAUCUCCAAAUACGGGCGUCCUGAAGGAGCCCCUAUAGGGUCCACUUCUCGUUACUGAGCGUAGGCCACCGAAAUAUCAUCAAAGUUAUUUGUCUGGCGUGAGGAUCUUAUGUAGCUGUUGAACUUCAAUAUUAGCGAUAUCAAUCUGAAGGAGAAGACGUAUAAUGGGGGGAAGGCGCAAGAUUACGGUCAUAAAUAUGGCUCAGUAGUAUGGGAUAUUUAACAUGCUGCAGUUUUAUGAUGUCCAUGGAGAUAAAGGCUUCAGUAACCAUUUAUUCAUAUAGUAUAUUAAUUGGCUGUGUAUGUAUGCUCUGGCUGGC